GCCGUGAUUUGGCUCGCAGUGGGAAGGAAGGUUGGUGGACCAGAGUGGAGCAGCGAUGGCGGCGCUAGCGUCAGGCUCGGACUCGGAGGCGGACUCAGAGGCGCUCUCGGACGCCGAGCUGCGGGAGGCCUUCGCGCGUGGCGUGCUUAAACCAGGGCUGAACGUGGAGCUCGAGGCGCCGAAACGCAGGCAAAAUGACGUGGCUGGGCUGGGUCAGUGCCUGGCCGAGUUCAGGAAGGACCUGGCGUGGUUGGAGCGGCUGGACGUGACCGUGGGGCCAGCGCCAGAGCUCCCCGCGCAGCAGACGCCCGUGGAGCCCGGAGCCGUGGACCCCGAGGACGACUUCCGAAGGGAGAUGACCUUUUACCGCCAGGCCCAGGCUGCGGUCCUGGCCGUGCUGCCUCGGCUCCACCAGCACCAGAUCCCCACCAAGAGGCCACAGGACUACUUUGCAGAGAUGGCCAAGUCUGACCAGCAGAUGCAGAAGAUUCGACAGAAGCUACAAACGAAACAGGCCGCCAUGGAGAAGUCUGAAAAGGCCAAGCAGCUUCGAGCACUCAGGAAAUAUGGCAAGAAGGUACAGACAGAGGUUCUUCAGAAGAGGCAGCGGGAGAAGUCUCAGAUGAUGACAGCCAUCAAGAAGUACCAGAAAGGCUUCUCUGACAAACUGGACUUCCUUGAGGGAGACGGAAGGUCGCUCUCGCGAGGCGAGAAGGAAGGUGCCAAAGCCCAACAGAUGAAGAAGGGGCCCAGUGCUAAGCGGCGGUACAAAAACCAGAAGUUUGGUUUUGGUGGAAGGAAGAAAGGAUCCAAGCAGAACACCCGGGAGAGCUACGAUGAUGUGUCUGGCUUUCGCGCCCGGACCGCCCAUGGGAAGGGUCCCCACAAGAUGGGCAAGAAGCUGUCCAAUAAGAGACCUGGAAAAAGGGCAAGAGAGAAAAUGAAGAACCGUGCACGCUAAGUGCCACCUUUUAUACGGCGGACCAGGCACAAAGAGAGGACCCAGGCCAUCCCUUGGCUGCCUUUGCUUUCUGAGGGGGGGGGGCCUGGGGGUGGGGUGGGGCCUAAAAUGGGUGUGGACAGCUUCAGAGAACUGGGGCGUGGCCCAAGGACCAGGAAGCCAAGUGUCCCUGGCCCCACUAGUCUGAGCUCUGGUUGGCCUUUAUGCGCCAGAACUCCGCCAUGUACUUUGUGAUGUCCUUGUAGCUGCGGAAAAAAUUGAUCCUGGUGUCCAUGCGCUCACUGGGGACCUAGAGAGAGGAGGACACACAUGGCCGUGAGGGAUCCCUAAUCACCCCAUCAUUCCUAGCCCCUGUGGGGUCAAUGCCAGCCCCUUUCCAAGGGCUGUGUAAAUAAAUGACUGUCAGGAGCAUUA